AUGUUUAUUCUUGCAAUUGGAGACUUUUUCAUACCUGAUAGGGCUAUUGAUUUGCCAUUCAAAUUUCGUAAGUUAUUGAACCCCUCUUAUGGCACCUCCACCAGUAACAAUAAUAAGAGUGUCCAGCCAGCACACUCUAAGAUCGGCAAGGUGGUUUGUUUAGGGAAUAUCAUCAAUUCCAACGAGACAUUGAAGUUUCUUUAUGACCUAUCACCAAGUUUCAAUCUUGUUCGAGGUGAAUUUGAUGAUCCUAAUAUAAUCUCUCAACAACUUCAGAACAUCAGUGGGAAGAAAGGCAACAGUUCUUGUUCCACCAUUCCCUUGUACUCGACUAUAAGUGUUGAAGGCUUACGAAUUGGGUUCACCAACGGGUACCAGGUUCUGCCACGGAAUGAUCCCUUGAGUUUAUCGGCCUUUGCUCGUGAGGCCGACGUUGAUAUUGUCAUUUGGGGAGGUACUCAUAAGGUGGAGGCAUAUACUUUGGAUGGACGGUUUUUUGUGAAUCCUGGUAGUGCCACUGGAGCUUAUGGGUUUGACUGGCCCGAUGAAGAAGAAGAAGAAGAAGAAGAAGAGGAGGAGGAUGAGGAAGCGGAGGAAAAGGAUCAGGAAGAAGCUGUAGAUAACAAAGUUGAAGAAGAGCAAGACAAAACAUCCACGAAGUCGAAAGAAGAAGAAGAAACUGAACAAACUGAACAAACUGAACAAACUGAACAAACAGGACCAAAGGAAGUUGAACAAGCAGAACAAACAGAAGAAGAGCCUGAAGACGAUGAAACGUCUUCUGAUCUCAAUGAAGAAGGAGUUGAAUUAACAGAAUCUGAUAUGAAUAAAUUGAUUGAAAUGAAGUCUUCGAUCCCAUCCUUCUGUUUGCUUGAUAUCCAAGGUAUCACUUGUACCCUUUACAUCUAUACGUAUUUGAACGAGGGGAUAAAAGUUGAUAAGGUUACGUUCGAAAAGGAGAGCAAAUAA